AUGCGUUCGGAUGUUGCAGGCAGAGAUGUUACAGAGCAUCUCAUGCUGCAACUGCGGCGCACAGGCCAUGUUUUUCACACUUCCGCUGAGCGGGAGGUUGUGAGGCAAAUAAAGGAGAAGGAAUGCUACGUGUCGCUGAAUCCUCAAAAGGAGAAUCUCGAGCACGACAAGGCAUCUGCGCAACAUCAGUUCAGGCUUCCAGAUGGCAACACCAUAGCCCUCGGCAGCGAGCGGUUCCGGGCGCCGGAGAUCCUUUUUCAGCCUAGCAUCGUCGGCCUGGAGUAUCCUGGUAUCCACGAACUCCUCGCCUUCUCCAUCAACCGAGCAGACCUUGACCUGAGGAUGGCGCUCUUCUCAGGCAUAGUGCUGUCGGGGGGCUCAACGAUGUUCAACCAGUUCGGGGAGCGGCUGCUGAACGAGAUCAGAAAGCUCGCCCCGAAGGACAUCAAGAUUCGCAUUUCGGCGCCGCCUGACAGAAAGCUGACAACAUGGUUGGGCGGCUCCAUUCUGGCGUCGCUGGCGACCUUCAAAAAAAUGUGGGUGUCGAAGGAGGAGUUCGAGGAGGAGGGCUUCCCGUUGUUACACAAGAAGGCCUUCUGA